GAUGGUUAUCCAGGCCGGGCCGGUCUCGGGGGAAGCGUCUCGGGCCUGCACGGGGGCGCUUCCUCGGAGACAGGGGAUGGGAUGGAAGGGGAAGAGGUCCAAACCCUUGGGUCGAGAUAGGAGGAUGGAGGGUUCCUCAGUUCCUGCAAGGGACUAGCACGGCCCAUAUCGAUGGCCGAAGCCGGCGUGGAAGCCCCGGAAGAAAGGCCACCUUCAGGACCUCCACCCAGCCCCGAGACGCGCCCGACAGUCCUCCCGAGAGCGCAGGGCCCAGGGGAGGUGCGUCCCAAGCGAGGGUGGAGGCUGGAGGCGCGAUUCCCCAGGCGGAAGGCGGGGCGGGGCGGGGCGGGGCCUAUCCGUGGCCCGCCUUCCCUCUGUCUCCCUGUGCCGGGUUCUGGUCCCUGGCCCUCUGGGGCCGUCUGCCCGCCUUCCUCGCGAGAACUCGCCCAGCCCUGGGUAGGCGCUGACUCGCCGGGCUCAGCCUCCGCGCCCUCGACACGUGACGUAGGCGGCCCUCGCUAGUUGGCAGUUCUUUGGAGCCCGCUCAUUGGCCCGAAGCGUCCCUCGCCCCACCCCCGGAUUAACCAAUGGGCGGAGGCGGAGGUGAGGGCGUGCCGACUGGCGGUCGGCGGCAGCGCCGGGCUCCCUUCCUCGUGCUCGGCUUUGAGCCCCUGCCGACGCCGCCGCAGCGGUCGUCCCUGCCCUCCCCGGCCCCGGGGCACACUCCGCCAGGCUUCUACUGGUGUCCCUGGAGCAUGGGAGGCUGCUGAGUGUGAGUGGUGGUGUCUGGCAGGAGCUACGUGGCAGGGAGGGCGUCCAUGGCUGCAGCCAACAAGGGCAACAAGCCCAGAGUCCGGAGUAUCCGCUUUGCGGCAGGCCAUGAUGCAGAAGGCUCCCACAGCCACGUUCACUUUGAUGAGAAGCUGCAUGACUCAGUGGUCAUGGUCACCCAGGAGAGCGACAGCAGCUUUCUGGUCAAGGUUGGCUUCCUGAAGAUCCUGCACAGGUAUGAGAUUACCUUCACUCUGCCCCCCGUGCACAGGCUGAGCAAGGACAUCCACGAGGCACCUAUCCCCGGCCUGCACCUCAAGCUCCUCAGCAUCGUGCCUGUCCCGGAAGGUUAUAGUGUCAAAUGCGAGUACUCGGCACAUAAAGAGGGCGUCCUCAAAGAGGAGAUACUGCUAGCCUGCGAAGGUGGCACGGGCACCUGUGUGCGCGUGAUGGUGCAGGCCCGCGUCAUGGACCGACACCACGGCACGCCCAUGCUGCUGGACGGUGUCAAGUGCGUGGGCGCUGAGCUGGAAUACGACUCAGAGCACAGUGACUGGCACGGCUUUGACUGAGGCCUGAGGCCCCACCAGCCCCGGGCCCCUCAGCCUUAAACCCCGCCUUGUCCCCCCCCCCCCCCGACAUGCUGCGUGAUGGUGUGGCUUCCUCACCCCUCUCUGGGGUGGGUGUGGGGGUGGAGUGGCCUUGCCUACACUUCUCACCUCUGCCUUCAUUUGUGCCACCACCCUGCCUCUCCUGCGUCCUCCUCUCCCACUUCCUCCUCUCCGUGUGCCUCAGUCUCCUGCCUGAAGAAAUGGGUUGAGCCCGAAAGGAGGCUGUCUGAGGAAGGGAGAGGGAGGGCCUGGGGUGGGUUUCCCACUCCCCAACCCAAGCCAUAGGGGCUCCAGCCAGGGUCUGGGAGAGGAUGGAGCUGGCUCUGUGACGUCAUGGCCCCAUUACUGCUGCUGCUGCCUCGCUUCAGCCACCUCUCCUGCCCCUCCCUCAUCCCCACUGCUGUCCAUAUGAAUAGGAGGGAGGUGUAAUCCCCGGCUCCCACCCCUCAGGUUUGUGUUACUUGGUUUUUAAGCGACUGGUUGGGAUAGAACCCUAAAGAAAUAAAAUUUCCAGUGGAAACCGGA